AUGUCGACUCCAGCCGAACAGGCCCAAUUGCUCACCGCAGCCCGAGUCCAAGCUGCAUACACCCUCAUCCAGCCGUACAUCCACAAGACGCCCGUCCUCACCAACAAAACCCUCAACAGCAUCGCCUCGACGCCGCAAACCGCCGACGCACUCGCCGGAACACCAUUCGCAGGACAAACACCCGCACAACCGCGCAUCCGCUUCCACUUUAAAUGCGAGAAUCUGCAGCGCAUCGGCGCAUUCAAGGCGCGCGGGGCUUUCCAUGCGCUGCUGCGGUUGAUCGAAGACCGGGGGGAGGAGGAAGUUCAGCGGCGGGGAGUGAUCACGCAUAGCUCUGGCAACCAUGCACAGGCACUUGCGCUCGCGGCGUCAACGCUCGGCGUCCCCGCCUACAUCGUGAUGCCGGAGAUUAGCACGACGUCCAAGAUCGCCGGGACGAGAGCGUACGGGGCACAGAUUACUUUCAGCGGGUCGACGAGUGUUGAGCGCGAGGCUGUUGUUGCGGAGAUCCAGAGCAAGACGGGUGCGAUACUGAUUCCGCCGUAUGAUCAUUUCGAUAUUAUCUGCGGGCAGGGCACGACGGCGCUGGAGCUGGCUGGGCAGUUGGCGGAGAUUGGGGAGGAGCUUGAUGCGGUGAUUACGCCUAUUGGAGGUGGAGGGUUGAAUGCCGGUGUUGCGACUUUCUUUUCGGAUAAGACGACGAAGGUGUUUGGGGCUGAGCCUAGUUUUCAGGGUGCCGAUGAUUGUCGGCGUGGGCUUGAGGCGGGGCAGCGGAUUGAGAAGGUGUCGACGCUGACUAUUGGGGAUGGGCUGAGGACGCCUGUCGGGUUGCUUAAUUGGGAGGUUAUUUCGGAUCAAAAGAAAGUUGAGGGCGUGUAUGCCGUCACAGAGGAGCAGAUUAAGUCCACUAUGAAGCUGGUUCUGGAGCGCAUGAAGGUUGUGGUGGAGCCGAGUGCGGUGGUCGGACUUGCCGUCUGUCUGUUCGAUGAGGACUUUAGGCGACGCGUAGAAAAGGAGGGAGGUGAGGAAGGUUGGGAUAUUGGGGUUGUGUUCAGCGGAGGCAACACGACCGUUGAGGCGAUCGCUAAACUUUUCGGCUGA